AUGGAGACCACCAGGAACGACGCGGCGAGAGUGAAAAAGAUACAGAUGAGGCGCGAGAAGAGGGAGAGGAGGCGCAAGGAGAGAGAAGCCACAAGACUGGCAAAUGUUCAAAGUGGCGCAUGCGAGACUGGCAAGGAAGGGAUUGAGAUCCCAAAGAAUAGGGCUGGACGCAGCAGCCUCGCAAAUAAAAAUGACGAGCUCGAAAAGCGCCUUGCCGAGCUCGAGAAGCGCCAUGCCGAGCUCGAGAAGCGCGCUCUCCGCGUUGGGGCGCGCACCGACAAGGUGGAGGCGGCUUUGGCGCGCCGCACUGUCGAGGUCACCACCCAGCUGGAAUUCUUCAAGGCCGACAUAAAGGCAGGCCGCGAGAUAAUCAGGCGCCUCUCGCGCAAGGUGAACAAGAUGGAGUUCUGGGUCGCGCAGUUAAAGGGCGCCUGCGACGUGGGCCUUGACCACCCUAAGAAGCUCACCAAGCGCGAGAGGAAGAAGAAGAACAUAGCGAUCAGAAAUGUCCGCAGGAAGACGGAGAGGGAGGCCCGGGAGGUGGCCUUGAGGCAGGCGGCGCAGGAGAGCAGAAAGAAGGAUUGCCUCGCUCAGGAAAACAGGCGCAAGGCCUGGCGUGAUGCCCAGAAGCACUGGAAGGAAUCCAAAAUGAGAGGAUUUCCGAGACGCAAGGGGGCAGGCUGGUAA